AUGCUUAUGCAAAAUGCUUUAGGCACAAGUAUGUAUAGACUUAAAAGAUUUUUUAACCAAUUAUUUGUUGUAAUAUAUAUCACAUUAUUUAUUUUAUUUUUCCAAAAAUGUAUAUAUACACAUAAAUAUUCUGAGAACCCGAACAAGGGAAACGACAUUUUUAUUGAAGCUUACGAAGCAUUAGAUAGAGCGGAGUAUAUCAAAUCUUUUGUACUUUUAAAGCAUUGUGUUAAUUAUGAUAUAAGAUGCCUAACACUAAUUGGGGUGUUUUAUUACCUCGGAUUGAAACCCGUCGAAAGAGAUCCAGUAAAUGCUCUAUACGCAUGGAAAGUAAGUUCAGAUUAUGGAAGUGCAGAUGCUCAAUUUUAUUUAGCUAUUAUGUAUUCUAAUUAUUUUUCAUUACCCAACUUGUAUUCAUAUUUUGUUAAUGAAAAUGAAGAAAUAGACAAAACCGAAAAAAACAAAAUAAAAAAAAUAAAAAAAAAUAUAAUCUUGUUUAGGAGUUAUAUAUUUUUAACUAGUAAAUAUUUGAAAAGUAUAUUAGCAAAUAAUUUAAAUAAAAAAAAGAAAGAAAAAGAAGAAAUAAAAGAUGCAAGAAAUAAUUUUGUAAAUGUACCUAAAAUAUAUUUUACUACAGAUAAUAAAAUAAUAAUAAGAAUAAAAAAUAUUAGAUACAAUAUUAAUGAAUUAGAGACAUAUUUUAACAAUUUAGAAAAUUUUCCUUAUGUUGAUUUUUAUAAAACAAUUAAAAAUAAAAAAAUAUAUUAUGGUUCAAAUCAUGGGUUAAGUUUAUUAUAUUAUUAUAGUAGUAGUUUAGCAAAUCAUACAGGUAGUAUUUUGGCAUUAGGAAUAAGAUAUAUGCAUGGUAUUGGUGUUGAAGAAUGUUGUGAAACAGCAUCUAAAUUAUUUAUAAAAUUAACAAAUAAUAUUUUAAAUUCGAAUAAUGAUGGUAAAAUGAAAUUUGAAUCCAUAGAUUUAAUAAAACUUAAUAUACCACAUUAUGAUAAAUAUAAUAUAAAUAAUAAAAAAAUAAAAAAUAUAGAAAUGUUUUUAGAAUCAUCAUUACAUAAUAAUCAUGCAAUUCUAACUAUGAUAGCUCGUCGAUAUUUAACAGGCAGUGAUGGAAUAGAUCAAAAUUAUACAAAAGCUCGAAUGUAUCUAUUAAAAGCAGAAAAAUUUAAUAAUCCAGAAGCUAUAUCUUUAUUAGGAUAUAUAUAUAUAUUAGGGUUGGGUGUAAAAAAAGAUUAUAAUAAAGCUUUUAAUUAUUUUAUAAAAGGUAAAAAAUUAAAUGAUCCAUUAAGUUAUAAUGGUUUAGGAUAUAUGCAUUUUUUUGGGUUAGGGCCUAUGAAAAAAUAUAUGGAAAAUGGAAAAAAAAAAAAAAAUCAAGAAUUAGCAUUUUAUUAUUUUGAUAUAGCUGCAAAAAAUAAUCUUUCAAUUGCUCAAUUUAAUUUAGGUUGUUUAUAUUUAAGUGGAGUUGGUACUUCUCAAUCUUUUCAAAAUGCAUUUUAUUGGUUUUACAAAGCAUCUAAUAAUGGAAAUAUUUUAGCAGCAUAUAUGAUAGGUUUUAUGAAUUAUAAUGGAAUAAUUGUUUCACAUAAUUGUAAUAUUGCUUUAUCUCUUUUAGCAAAAGUUGCUGAAAAAAAUGAUUUUAUUUUAAAUACAACUAAUAAAAUUAUAAAAUAUAAUGAAAGUGGUAGAAUUCGUGAAUCAAUGUUUUUAAUGGCACAACUUGCUGAAACGGGAAAUGUGCAAGCUCAAAUAAAUUUGGCACAUAGUCUUACAACUUCAAAUUUUGCUCUUUUUUUACCAUCUAAUAAUAAAUCUAAAUAUAUAUAUUCAAGUAGAUAUUUAUCUAUGGCAGCAGAUAACCAUCAUUUAAAAUCAGUAUUUACAUUAGGAGAUUAUGCAUAUGGAGGUAAUGGUGUAUAUAUAAAUGUUAUACAGAAAAAUAAUUUACAACAUAAUAAAUUUUAUGAUUUAGGGAAUGUAGAAUGUGUGUAUAAUUCUGUAGGAGAUAUAACUAAUGAAUGUUUUCGAAAUAAAAAUGUAGACAAAAUUAGUAAAGAAUCUAAAAUUAGUCAAGAGUUAAAUAUUUAUGAUAAUAAAAUAAUAUCUAAAGAUUUUAUAGAUGAACAAGGAAUAAUAUUUAACGAUAAAUGGAGGUUUAGUUAUGGAUAUAAUUUUAUAUUUAACCAAAUUAAUUAUGAAUUAGCUUAUAAACAUUAUAGAGCAAUAAUUUCAUAUUACCCAAAUACUACAUAUGCUAUUAAAACGAUUUCUAAAGCUUGUUACAAUUUAGGAUAUAUGCAUUAUUAUGGUAUUGGUGUUGAACAAAAUAUUGAUAAAUCUUUAAUUUAUUUUAAUUCAUCUAUAAAAAUAUAUUCAUCUCAUAAAAUACCAUCUACUAUACUAAUUUUUUAUAUUAAAAUGAAUAUUUAUUUUUAUAAAUUAAAAAAAAAAUUUAAUAUUUUUAAUAAAAUUUUGUCCCUAUAA